AUUCCUGAUCGUGUCUUGCUAGCGCUUUCAGGCGGUGCGGACUCUAUGUGUCUUGCGUAUCUUUUGGCUCAAUACAAAAAACAAUCACGUCUGCUGAUGCUCAUAUCGGCUAUCACCAUAGAUCAUGGGUUCCGACAAGAAUCAGCAGCAGAAGCAAAAAAAGUAGGUGAUAUAGUCCUGCUGUGGGGAAUUCAGCAUCACGUGGAAAAGCUACGCUAUCUGAGAGACGUGCACUCCAUUACCAACUUCGAAGAAAUCGCUCGCGAUCUACGUUACAAUGUAUUCCGUAAGAAAUGUGCCGAUUACGGGACUAAUGCAUUGUUGGUGGCACACAACAAGGAUGACCAACUUGAAACUUUUCUUCAAAGACUACAAAUGAACUCCACGUUGUUUGGUUUGGUUGGCUUGCGAGAAAGAUCCCCUUUGCCUACAAGGGAUAUUUCGCCUCUCAAAGAUGAGAAGGUAUACAUCUACAGACCAUUACUACACUAUAAAAAGGCGGAAAUAUUUCAGACGUGCAAGUCACUCGGUGUACCUUGGUUUGAAGAUCACUCGAACCAGGAUAUACACCUCACAAAGAGAAAUCUUUUGCGGUACAUAAUAAAUGAAUAUGUGCCCCAAGCUUUGGACGCGAGGCCUGAACUCACGUGUAUUACACGCAAAUCUUUGACGGCGACUACACAAGAAAUCGAAAGUUUUGUGCAUGGUCUUGAGAUCCAAAAACUGUGCUUCGAUCUGCGUGUAAAAUCUCAUCAAUUUCAAUUUGACAAAGUGAAAGCUGAGGUGAAAUUCUCCAUUCCCUUUCAUGAAAUCAUGGGGGUUCAGCAGCUCGUGUUUUCCAGAUGGCUAUACGAAACCAUUUACCCACUCUCCUCCUCAAAAAACUUCCACUGGUCGUACGCCAAGCUAGAAAGACAAGCAAUUCCACGAUUGUGGACUUGGCUCCAAAAUCCGCAAAAUAGAUUGACCAUGACAUAUCUCAAUGUGAAGCUCGACAUUAACCCUGAAGGGCAGGACGUUAAUUUUCUUGUAUCCCGACAAGCUCCUCAAAGAGAUGUAGUUCACAACUACUUUGUGUCUGUUGUACCAGGAGAUUGCAUGUGGCAUUUGUUUGAUCGGCUUUGGUGGCUCAAAUUCGAG